CCGUAUAAUCUCUCGAAAUUGACUUUCGGGAAAGCACAUACGGGUAGGGUUAAAGGAGUCAUUCAACCACAUACAUGCGUUUUUUCUGCUUCUUUCCUACAUUCGACACCUUUAACCCUACCCGCUCUGUGCUUUCCCGAAAGUCAAUUUCGAGAGAUUAUACGGUAGAUCACUGCAGCCUGUGCGUUCGGGAGGCUGACGGGAUGAAAGUUGCGCUGGAAGUUUCCACUGUUAGCGCAUUUCCCUGGGGCCGUAGCGCACCCGCAUCCAACCCCACAGGAAGCACGCCCGGGCGAACGACUCCCGCGGCCGACAACGGGACACCGGGGCAGGGAUCCGCUCCGCAUUCAUCAUCGCAACUCCCGUCGCAAUCGCAAUCGCAACCAACAGUUCUCCGACCAUCUUGUCCCAACGUCUACCUCGCUUCAACCCGUCGGCUUCACAGCACUCCCACGCCUCCGGGUCCUCGCUGUACAUCCGCCGUUCCCCCGAGUCCGCAAAUCGAUCUACGGGCUACAUCACCAACCAUGGUCGUCUACUCGUUUUACAUCUUCGACCGGCAUACGGAAUGCAUCUACUCCAAAACCUGGCUCCCACCCCCUCCUGCCCCGGGGGCACAACAACAACAUGAUGGCCCGACAAGCACUACCGGCGCCGCCGUCGCCUCCUCCGACCCUCAUCAUCAUCCUCCCAACACACUGCGCAGCGCACGCUCGGCCGUCAGCGCGGCCAACAAAGCGUCGGACGACGCCAAGCUGAUCUUCGGCACCGUGUUCUCGCUGCGCAACAUGGUGCGCAAGCUGGGCGGCGAAGACGACGCGUUUAUUAGCUACCGAACGGCCCAGUACAAGCUGCACUACUACGAGACGGCGAGCAACCUGCGCUUUGUCAUGUUGACGGACACGGGGACGCUGAGCAUGCGGAACGUGAUGCAUCAGAUAUACAUUAAUUUGUGGUGUGAAUAUGUGGUCAAAAACCCCCUCUCACCCGUCGAACACAAAGGCGGCGCCGGCGUCAGGAACGAGUUAUUCGAGCUGGGUCUGAAUCAGUUUAUCACGGGUUUGAUCGGUCGAACCGGCGGCCAACGAUAACGGGAUAAAGGCAGUAGUGCAAUGAGGUUCCCCCGGGGCAAGACUUUGGGUUAGGUCCGGCUUAUGGCCUCUGGCUAAAGGAUUAGAGAGCCCGAGCCCAAACCAUUGUCGAUUCGCGAGCGAGAGAGAGCCUGGGCUCACUAAAAGGGAAUAUAAGCAGCGGGAGUUUUUCGGGUCAGUUUUAUGCAAGACACAAGUGGACCAAUCCAAUGGAGCUGGCCGCUUUCGGAACUGGCCUCGCCAUGAGACCAGAUGAAGAGGAGGAAUGUAUGCAUAUAAAGACGUGAAACGAUCCGUCGAGAGCACCGGCGCGGGAUGGCCGUGAUGGAAAUGGUGGAACAUUUAUACCAUUCACAUAAUAGUCGUAAUGAAAGAACCAACAUAAUGAAUACCAACAAAUUAAUGGCACA